UGCCCCGCCAAAUGCUCGUCGAGCUGUGGUGAAUUUUCCCGCUGCUGCUGCUGCUGCUGUUGGCGGGAGACGACAGGUGUCUCCGCGCGCCGCUUUUUCCCGCGCUCGCACUCACCUUUGCGACGAUGAGGGGAACUUCCGCGAGCGAUGCCUAAGGGACGCGAUGGGCCUGAGCGACGACAAGGAUCGCAUCGUGAUCAACGUGGGAGGGAUCCGGCACCAGACGUACCGCAGCACCCUCCGCACCCUGCCCGGCACGCGUCUGUCGUGGCUGGCCGAGCCAGACGCGCCCAACCACUUUGACUAUGACGCCAAGAUCGAGGAGUUCUUCUUCGACCGCCACCCGGGGGUCUUCGCGCACAUCCUCAACUACUACCGGACAGGUAAGCUGCACUGCCCCGCCGAUGUGUGCGGACCUCUGUACGAGGAGGAGCUGGCUUUCUGGGGCAUCGACGAGACGGACGUGGAGCCCUGCUGCUGGAUGACCUACCGCCAGCACCGGGAGGCGGAGGAGGCCCUUGAUAGUUUCGGCGGGGGGGGACUGUUGGAUCUGGGCAGCGACGACGCCGAGCCCGACCAGGAGCACGGAGAGGACGACGUGGAUGAGAUGACGAGGAGGCUGGCGCACGGAGACUCUCCUGACACGCGGAGUGGGAGCUUGUGGCGCCGCUGGCAGAAGCGCGUCUGGGCUCUCUUUGAGGACCCUUACUCCUCCAAAUAUGCAAGGUGGGUGGCCCUGGCCUCGCUGUUCUUUAUCCUGGUGUCCAUCACCACCUUCUGUCUGGAGACCCACGAGGCCUUCAACCCCAUCAUCAAUCGCACAGAGGUGGAGUUGGUGGACAACAUCACGGUGGAGCGCAUCUACCAGGAGCCUGAGACGGCGGCCUACCUCACCUACAUCGAAGGCGUUUGCGUGGUGUGGUUCACUUUUGAGUUCCUAAUGCGAAUAACUUUCUGCCCAAACAAAUUUGACUUCAUCCGGAACGCCCUGAACAUCAUCGACUUUGUGGCCAUCCUGCCCUUCUACCUGGAGGUGGGCCUUAGCGGGCUCUCCUCUAAGGCAGCUAAGGACGUACUGGGUUUCCUCCGAGUGGUCCGCUUUGUAAGGAUCCUGCGAAUCUUCAAGCUCACUCGCCACUUUGUAGGUUUGAGGGUACUGGGCCACACCUUAAGAGCCAGCACCAACGAGUUCCUUCUCCUCAUCAUCUUCCUCGCCUUGGGUGUCCUCAUCUUUGCCACCAUGAUCUACUACGCAGAAAGGAUCGGCGCUAACCCCAACGACCCUCGAGCCAGCGAGCACACGCAGUUCAAGAACAUCCCGAUCGGAUUCUGGUGGGCCGUGGUGACCAUGACGACCCUGGGCUAUGGGGACAUGUACCCUCAGACGACCUCCGGAAUGCUGGUGGGAGCCUUGUGCGCCCUGGCAGGUGUGCUGACCAUUGCCAUGCCAGUCCCCGUGAUUGUCAACAACUUUGGAAUGUAUUACUCCCUGGCCAUGGCGAAACAGAAACUACCAAAGAAAAAAAACAGGCAUAUUCCACGAGCACCCCAACCUGGUUCGCCAAACUUCUGUAAAUCAAGCAUCAGCUCACAACAUCAGAGCCCUAUCGCCCACGACGAUGUCUUCGAAAUCAAGUUUCAAGAUUCCAAGCUGAACGGCGAGGCUGCCAACGCGGCCCUGGCCAACGAGGACUGCCCCCACAUAGACCAGGCUGUAUCUCCGGAGGAAAUCUUCAGCCCCGGCGAAAGAGAGCGGCCCUGCUUCCUGGUCACCACGGCCGAGCGGCCCAACCACACGGGGGGCAGAGUGAGGAGGGAGACCCAGCGACAGCACCGGAGCAGACAACCAACUGAGUCAGUUUGUGUUAUGAACCAUGGUGUACCAACCACAAUGUGUAUGACCCAUAACGGCCCAUCACCCACCUAGAUCGUGCUGUAGCGAGCAUUGUUGUGUGUACCACUUGCUUUUUUUCCAAUGGGUGUAACAGUGGCAACCUGUACAUCACUACACCAACUCAGAAUAGAUGUAGCACUGAGGACGUUUUGUUGUCAAGCCUUAUGUAGCUCAGUAUCUGUGACUGGUUACUGUGUUGUAAUUUGUGUGCCUAUAUUUUUGGUGUAUGCCAGUGCUGUAAAUAUGCUUUCUGUGUGUGUCAAUGUUUCUGAGUGAUCAUCAAAUGUCUGUGUGGUGUGUCGAAAGAAACAAAAAAGGUUGCUUCUAUUUUAAACCCUGUCACGUUAAACAGCUGGAAAACACACUUUUGCACUCUCAUGCCCAUCUCUUUAGAGACUUUUUGCACUUUUUUGCACCACUGAACUUUUUUACAUUCCGUUGAUGUUUUUAGCCAUCACAGAGAAAAUGUCAUACUUGAACACCAUUCUUACCUUGUAUCAAAUGUGCUGUUAUGAACUCAUGCGGUAAAUAAUACAGUAGCUCUUUUUAGACUGUAGUCAAGACAUUUUAACAAGUUGCACUUAUUUUUUUUCUAAAAUGUGUCCUUUAGCAGUGCUUUUUCAGUUGACAAUCGAGUAUAAUUGGCAUUAUUGUAUAAUUAUUAUCAUCUUAGCGCAGAAAUACCGACACAAAAACACUGUAUACACAACACUGGACAAGUGCCUCUCUUAUGCAGAUUCCAAAAAAAUCAGUAGUUUAAAGAAUAACAUUGAAAAUUCCCUAUUUCAUUGUAAAUCAGUCAACAGACGUUAAUGAAUCAGCAGUAGCAAAGUACACAAAAGGUAUAGUGGAUGUAAGUCAACAAACUCAGUAAGAUGCCAGCUUUUUACGUUAAAAAAAAAAAAAUGGGGGGUGUCAAAAUUAGUGAUUAAAAAAUAGCUAAUAAAUCUUUUUAAUCUGGCUUACAAAAAAAGUGCUGACAACAGCACUCAAUUUGAGGUAUUUCUUUUCAAAUGUUUUACAAAACCCAAAACCAGUGAAGUUGGCACGUUGUGUAAAUCGUAAAUAAAAACAAAAUACACUGAUUUGCAAAUCCUUUUCAACCUAUAUUCAAUUGAAUAGACUGCAAAGACAAGAUACUUAACGUUGCUCAUUUGGAAUUUGAUGCCUGCAACAUGUUUAAAAAAACUGGCACAAGUGGCAAAAAAGACUGAGAAAGUUGAGGAACGCUCAUCAAACACUUAUUUGGAGCAUCCCACGGGUGAACAGGCUAGUUGGGAACAGGUGGGUGCCAUGAUUGGGUAUAAAAGCAGCUUCCAUGAAAUGCUCAGUCAUUCACAAACAAGGAUGGGGCGAGGGUCACCACUUUGUCAACAAAUGCGUGAGCAAAUUGUCGAACAGUUUAAGAAAAACAUUUUUCAACGAGACAUUGCAAGGAAUUUAGGGAUUUCACCAUCUACGGUCUGUAAUAUCAUCAAAGGUUCAGAGAAUCUGGAGAAAUCACUGCACGUAAGCAGCAAGGCUAAAAACCAACAUUGAAUGCCCGUGACCUUCGAUCCCUCAGGCAAACCAACAUCAGUGUGUAAAGGAUAUCACCAGAUGGGCUCAGGAACACUUCAGAAAUCCACUGUCAGUAACUACAGUUUGUCGCUACAUCUGUAAGUGCAAGUUAAAACUCAACUAUGCAAAGCAAAAGCCAUUUAUCAACAACACCCAGAAACGCUGCCGGCUUUGCAAGGCCUGAGCUCAUCUAAUAUCGACUGAUGCAAAGUGGGAAAGUGUUCUGUGGUCUGAUGAGUCCACAUUUUAAAUAGUUUUUGGAAACUGUGGACGUCAUGUCCUAAGGACCAAAGAGGAAAAUAACUAUCCCGAUUGUUAUGGGCGCAAAGUUGAAAAGCCAGCAUCUGUGAUGGUAUGGGGAUGUACAGUAUUUGUGCCCAAGACAUGGGUAACUUACACAUCUGUGAAGGCGCCAUUAAUGCUGAAAGGUACAUACAGGUUUUGGAGCAACAUAUAUUUGCCAUCCAAGCAACUUCUGCUUAUUUCAGCAAGACAAUGCCAAGCCACAUUUUGCACGUGUUACAAGAGUAAAAGAGUGCGGGUACUAGACUGGCCUGCAUGUAGUCCAGACCUGUCUCCCAUUGAAAAUGUGUGGCGCAAUAUGAAGCCUAAAAUACCACAACGGAGACCCCGGACUGUUGAACAACUUAAGCUGUAAAUCAAGCAAGAAUGGGAAAUAAUUCCACCUGAGAAGCUUAAAAAAUGUGUCUCCUCAGUUCCCAAACGUUUACUGAGUAUUGUUAAAAGGAAAGGCCAUGUAACACAGUGGUAAAAAUGCCCCUGUGCCAACUUUUUUGCAAUGUGUUGCUGCCAUUAAAUUCUAAGUUAAUGAUUAUUUGCAAAAAAAAAAUUAAGUUUCUCAGUUUGAACAUUAAGUAUCUUGUCUUUGCAGUCUAUUCAAUUGAAUAUAAGUUGAAAAGGAUUUGCCAAUCAUUGUAUUCUGUUUUUAUUUAGGAUUUACACAACGUGCCAAGUUCACCGGUUUUGGGUUUUGUAAAACAAAUCGGUGGACAUGUUGGCUUUGGUUACCUUUCCUGACUGCCAGUCACAUAUGUCUCAUACACGUACAUCAAUGUGUCACAUUAUCUCAUGUUAUAAAACUUACUCAACGACAGAAAAUGAAUUUAAUCACUACGAAUUUUGCUUUUAUUUCAUCCAAGGGCAGAGACAAGAGCGUGCGAUCUAUGACUAGCACAAGCGUUUGAAACAACAUUGUUUCAUGUAAGUGUGGUCGGAUUUUAAAUAUAAUGUACAUAUCAUUGUACAUGUAAUAUAUCGCUAUAUUGAAGCACAAAUGUGUUAUAUUAGUAUCAAGUCAGCUUAAUGUGGAACAAGUGAUGCCAUCUCUCCAUAGCUGGUGUCAUAUAUGAGGCACGUUAUAUAAAAACAAUAUAUUGUCUACUCCAUUGUGUCUUAACCAUAGGGCUUCAGUUUCACUUUUCAAUCACUUGUGUCAGUCCAACUAUCCCUCUCGGGGUCACAGGUGCGUUGGAGCCUAUAAGAGCUGCACUUGGGCGGAAGGCAGGGUAAACCCUGGACUAGUCACAGUUACAAUCUCAAACAAAAAGAAAAAGUCCGGACCUAAAGUCAUAGAGAAAUUUCUGAAGUGCAAAAAUUAUGAUUAAAUUGGUGAAGCUGUAUUUUCAUUUGCACCUGAACUUUAUUGGCAAUUUAGUUCAGAAACAUAUGAAUAUAGUUGAUUCAAUUUAGCACUACACUACUGUAUGUACAAACCCCGUUUCCAUAUGAGUUGGGAAAUUGUGUUAGAUGUAAAUAUAAACGGAAUACAAUGAUUUGCAAAUCAUUUUUAACCUAUAUUCAGUUGAAUAUGCUACAAAGACAACAUAUUUCAUGUUCAACCUGAUAAACAUUUUUUUUUUGCAAAUAAUCAUUAAAUUUAGAAUUUCCCAACUUCUUUGUCAACACGUGACAAAGAAGUUGGGAAAGGUGGCAAUAGAUACUGAUAAAGUUGAGGAAUGCUCAUCAAACACUUAUUUGGAACAUCCCACAGGUGAACAGGCAAUUUGGGAACAGGUGGGUGCCAUGAUUGGGUAUAAAAGUAGAUUCCAUGAAAUGCUCAGUCAUUCACAAACAAGGAUGGCGCGAGGGUCACCACUUUGAGAGUUUAAGAAAAACCUUUCUCAACCAGCUAUUGCAAGGAAUUUAGGGAUUUCACCAUCUACGGUCCGCAAUAUCAUCAAAGGGUUCAGAGAAUCUGGAGAAAUCACUGCACGUAAGCAGCUAAGCCCAUGACCUUCGAUCCCUCAGGCUGUACUGCAUCAACAAGCGACAUCAGUGUGUAAAGGAUAUCACCACAUGGGCUCAGUUGGUCGCUACAUCUGUAAGUGCAAGUUAAAACUCUCCUAUGCAAGGCGAAAACCGUUUAUCAACAACACCCAGAAACGCAGCCGGCUUCGCUGGGCCUGAGCUCAUCUAAGAUGGACUGAUACAAAGUGGAAAAGUGUUCUGUGGUCUGACGAGUCCACAUUUUAAAAUUGUUUUUGGAAACUGUGGACGUCGUGUCCUCCGGACCAAAGAGGAAAAGAACCAUCCGGAUUGUUAUAGGCGCAAAGUGUAAAAGCCAGCAUCUGUGAUGGUAUGAGGGUGUAUUAGUGCCCAAGACAUGGGUAACUUACACAUCUGUGAAGGCGCCAUUAAUGCUGAAAGGUACAUACAGGUUUUGGAGCAACAUAUGUUGCCAUCCAAGCAACGUUAUCAUGGACGCCCCUGCUUAUUUCAGCAAGACAAUGCCAAGCCACGUGUUACAUCAAUGUGGCUUCAUAGUAAAUGAGUGCGGGUACUAGACUGGCCUGCCUGUAGUCCAGACCUGUCUCCCAUUGAAAAUGUGUGGCGCAUUAUGAAGCUUAAAAUACCACAACGGAGACCCCGGGACUGUUGAACAACUUAAGCUGUACAUCAAGCAAGAAUGGGAAAGAAUUCCACCUGAGAAGUUUAAAAAAUGUGUCUCCUCAGUUCCCAGACGUUUACUGAGUAUUGUUAAAAGGAAAGGCCAUGUAACACAGUGGUGAACAUGCCCUUUCCCAACUACUUUGGCACGUGUUGCAGCCAUGAAAUUCUAAGUUAAUUAUUAUUUGCAAAAAAAAAAUAAAGUUUAUGAGU